AUUUUAGUGUGCACCCAAAUACACUGUCCUAAGUGCCAGGGGGGAGCUAAAUUAAAACCUUUAUACUUGUGUCAUUCAAAACAGAUGUGACUCUGUACCAAAACAAGCUGGCUCUUCUUCUAUGCAUGUGUGUGAAGCAUGCUUGUCUUCUCCAGUAGUGCUGAGUAGACUGCAAGGGUCUUCCAAUUUGGCUAGUUUAAGACUUGUGGACUUGCAACUCCCAGAAUCCCUGUGCUAACAUGACUGCAGGAGGAAUUCUGGGAGUUGAAGUCCACAAGUCUUUAAAGCGGCCAUGUUCGAAGAACUCCUAGUCAGGAGAGAAUCCAAGGCAAGGAAGGGGUUAACGCUGCCUUUAUCUGCCCGGAAACGGGGUCUUGUCAAGCUUCCGGCCACGCCUCCUUUUCUUGGCGGUUAGUACUCCGUCGUGGCCUAGCAGAGACGUCUGAGAGAAAGCAACGGCUCGCCAUAACGGUCAAAACUCCUCGGAUUCCCAAACCCCAGGGCAGUACCGUAAGACAAGCGGAUCCGCGUGGCGGGCUUGUAGGCAAGCCGCCUCACCCGGCUCAAAACAACAAGCCGGGCGUCCCUGCCGUUCCCGCGCUUUAAGCGGCUCAGAGCCAGGCGGCCGAGCGCCACCCGGCCGCGCCCACAGCGGAGGCUACUUUAGAGCAAAAUCCAGGCCGACCGAAUGCGCCCUAAGCGCGGUUUCGGCCGCGGCGGCGGCCGUGCUCCCUCAGAGCGAGCCCGCCUUAAUAUGGCACCCACAGGCGCUCCGAAAAUGGCGGCUCCGGAGGCGCAAGGCGUGAGCGGGGAAGACGGGGGCGUCCCCGCCAAGGUCCCAAGGCGCGGCGGCCAAGGCCCCUCGGGCCCUAGAGCGGCCGUUAGAGGGGCGGCGGGCCGGAUGCGGGGGACGGCCUUCUCUAACAGGAAGGCCCCUAAGGCCGAGGAGAAGGGCCCCAGCGGGCGCCCGGGGACCGAAGACAAAAAAGAGGCGGCCGGGAGGCCCGCGAAGGGGCAGGGGAGCCCCCCCGGGGGAGGAGCGGCCGCUUCCGGUGGCCCUUUUGAAAAACAGCCGUUGGAAGUGCGCCACGAGGCCAAGCCGUCGCCCGGCUCCCAAGCCUGGCCGCAAGGUGGCGCCAAAGAGCAGCAGGCCUCGCUGCCUCUCCAGACGAAGCUCGGCGAGGCCUUUCCCAAAGCUCUGCCUGCAGCAGGAGGAGGAGGAGGAGGAGGAGGGGCGGCGGGGAAAGCCCCCCCCAAGGGCUCCUCGUCGUCCAAGCCCGCCCCAGAGGCCACCUUUACCCCCACGGCGGCGGGGCUCCGCCCCAAGGAGGACCAAGACCCCGAAAUGUCGGAGCAAUUGAAGACGCUCAUCUCCCAGGCCAUCGCGCAGGGGAUUGCCACAGGCCUCCAGCAGCAAGGGGGGGGCCCGGCGGCGGCGACCUCCCUGCCUCCCGCCCCCCGACCUUCUCAGGCCCCGCCCGUCAAGAAAAAGGAUUCCCUACCCGGUGAUGGAGACCCAAAGGAUAAAGGGGUGGCUCCGAACGUUUCGCCCUUUGCAACGCUUUUUUGCCCUUCUGUCUUUAAGACUCUGCUCCAGAAGGCAAAGAUCACGGCCAAUUUGGGAGCUGACUCAGCAGCAGCAUCAGGGUCAGCUUUGGGCCUGGCGGGCACGAGUGGGGGGUCUGCUAUUGAAAGCGAUGAAAUCCCCUCAACUAAACUGUUCCUGGAUGUGGUCCAGCGAGAAUGGACCUUGCCGGGGGUAGGCCCUAUUACAACUUGCCAUGAGAAAAAAUUCUACAAUGUGGACCAAGAGCUCUCUCAGGCUCUGCAACCACCAGCAGUGGAUGCCCCAGUGGCGGCUUUGAUGGCCUCCACUGUCCUGCCCGCCGACCCAGCAGACGACCUCAAAGGAGAGGAUAAAAAGGCAGAAACUACCCACCGUAGGACACACCAGGCAGCUGCCUGGGCAAUCAAAGCUGCAAAUGCCGCCUCAUUUUUUAAUAGAACCACCUUGCUUUGGCUUCACCAGAUGCAAGCGAGAGUUCCACCUGAUGAUGUCAGAACCCAUCAAGACCUCAACAAACUAAUAGUGGCUGCUGAAUUCUCAGCUGAUGCCACCUUAAACACCAUCAAGUUUGCCUCUAGGGCCAUUGCCGCCUCAGUGAUAGCCCGCCGCCUACUGUGGCUUCGGCCCUGGGUGGCGGCUACAAGGAACAAGUGGAAGCUGGCUGUUGCUCCCUUCAAGGGUAGCAAACUGUUUGGGGAUGCUCUGGAUCCCUUCUUAGUCGAGACUAAGGAUGGGAGAAAGUUCCUGCCUUCUAUGCACAAGCGACCCAAACCCUAUCCCCCACCCCUUUUUCCAAAGCACUCCUCCUUUCAACCUACAGACGUGGAGUUGGAGCCUACUCAACCCCAGAGAGCGUAUUUCAGUAGAUGGGACAGGCAACCGGACAGACAACUGGACAGGCAUCCAGACCCAGACAGAUAUCCGGACAGACAUCCAGACCUAGACAGACAACCAGACAGGCGUCCAGACAGACAACUGGACAGGCUUCUAGACCUAGACAUACAAACGGACAGGCAUCCAGACAGACAACUGGACAGGCAUCCAGACAGACAACUGGACAGGCUUCUAGACCUAGACAUACAAACAGACAGGCAUCUAGACAGACAGCUGGACAGGCUUCUAGACCUAGACAUAAAAACGGACAGGCAUCCAGACAGACAACUGGACAGGCUUCUAGGCCUAGACAUACAAACAGACAGGCAUCCAGACAGACAGCUGGACAGGCUUCUAGACCUAGACAUACAAACGGACAGGAAUCCAGACAGACAGCUGGACAGGCAUCCAGACAGAUAUCUGGACAGGCAUCCAGACCUAGACAGACAUCCAGACAGAUAUCUGGACAGGCAUCCAGACCUAGACAGACAACCGGACAGGCAUCCAGACAGACAACCGGACAGGCAUCCAGACAAACAACCGGACAGGCAUCCAGACAGAUAUCCGGACAGGCAUCCAGACAGAUAUCCGGACAGGCAUCCAGACCCAGACAGACAUGGAUUCCGGACCCGAGAAUACUACCAAGUACCUAUGCCGGACCCACGAGCCCCUAUGCAUCGGGGGCCAAUGCCAGCUAGUGGGCCACCACCCCGAGGUCUUCUGGGAGAUGCCCCCAAUGACCCACGGGGAGGCACGUUGCUCUCGGUCACUGGAGACGUGGAGCCCAGAGGUUAUCUCGGGCCACCCCACCAGGGGCCACCAAUGCACCACAUGCCCACACACGACAGUCGUGGGCUGCCUCCCCAUGAAAUGAGAGGCGGACCAAUGGGAGAGCCACGUCCCCUGAUGGGAGAACCGCGAGGGCCCUUGAUGGAUGGCCGAGGUGGAAGAGACCCAAGGGGCAUGGAGCCCAGGGUGAUGGAUGGCCGGGGCAUGGAGCCCAGAGGCAUGGAACCCAGAGGGAUGGAGCCCAGAGGCAUGGAACCCAGAGGGAUGGAGCCCAGAGGGAUGGAUGGCCGGGGCAUGGAGCCCAGAGGGAUGGAGCCCAGGGGCAUGGAACCCAGAGGCAUGGAACCCAGAGGCAUGGAGCCCAGAGGCAUGGAUGGCCGGGGCAUGGAGCCCAGAGGCAUGGAUGGCCGGGGCAUGGAACCCCCGAGAGGCAUGGAUACAAGGGGCAUGGAACCCCCGAGAGGCAUGGAGUCCAGAGGCCCAGGAAUGGAGCCUAGGGGCCCUGGUCCGAACCCCAGGGGUCCAAUGACCGGUCCAGGGCCUCUGAAUAUGGGAGCAACUGGCCCACAAGGCUCUCGACAGGUUCCUAGUAUGCAGGGUGGAGCCAUGGGAGGCGGAGCAGUACAAUCUGCAGCCCAGCCUGGAGGUUUCAGCCCUGGGCAAAACCAAGUCACACCCCAGGAUCAUGAAAAGGCAGCCCUCAUUAUGCAAGUUCUCCAGCUGACUGCCGACCAGAUCGCCAUGCUGCCUCCAGAACAAAGGCAGAGCAUUCUCAUUCUGAAGGAGCAGAUACAGAAAUCUACUGGCGCCCCAUGAUCCACAUUCCUUGGGCUUAGAAAUCCUUUGAAUGAAAUUCAGCCCUGGCUGGAAAUGACACUGAAGGCAGCUCAAAGACUCUUCCCUGGUCUGAUCCAAGUCAGAAAGGAGAAGGGAGUUUCUUGUACCCCCCCACCCGCCCCCGGUAUUGUUUCCAUUGUUGUUUCUCAAAUAAUAAAUAAAACUAUGUUCUGUAGUUGAACACAU